CAUUACUGUAGUCCAGAAUCUCAAUCAUCCAAAGAUGGCAAACCUUUCUCUUCUCUCUCUGCUUCUUCUCCCUCUCCUCCCUCUGAGUGCCUACUCUGAGCGCCAGCAACCUUAUGUAGUAUAUUUUGGAGAACACAGCGGAGAGAAAACACUGCAAGAAAUUGAGGACACCCAUCACUCGUUUCUCUCUUGUGUAAAGAAAACUGAGGAGGAUUCUCGAGGCUCUCUUAUCUAUAGUUACAAGAACAGCAUCAAUGGCUUCGCUGCAUUUCUAACCCCAGAUGAAGCCACCAAAUUAUCUGAGAUGGAUGAAGUUGUGUCUGUAUUUCCGAGCCAAGCAAAGAAAUGGUCUCUUCAGACUACAAGGUCUUGGGAAUUUCUGGGCGUAAAAGAUAGGAUUGAUAAGAGCAAGAGAGAAGGUUUAAUGCACAAAGCCAGAUAUGGGCAAGAUGUCAUCGUUGGGCUCUUGGAUUCAGGAAUAUGGCCGGAAUCAAAGAGUUUCAGUGAUGAAGGAAUGGGGCCAGUACCCAAAUCAUGGAAGGGAAUCUGUCAAGUUGGAGAUGCUUUCAACUCCUCUCACUGUAAUAGGAAGCUCAUCGGAGCUCGGUACUACCUCAAAGGCUAUGAGGCCUACUACGGCGCUCCUCUCAACACCUCCAUGGACUUCCGGUCUCCUCGUGACCAUGAUGGCCACGGCUCCCACACAUCCUCCAUUGCCGGUGGUCGACUUGUCCAUGGAGUCUCGGCUCUGGGAGGUUUCGCCGGAGGCACCGUGUCUGGAGGAGCCCCACUCGCACGUCUUGCCAUGUACAAGGUCUGCUGGCCUCUGCCAAACAAAGACCCUUCAGAAGGCAACAUCUGCAUCGAUGUCGACAUGCUCGCUGCCAUGGAUGACGCCAUUGGGGAUGGGGUAGACGUCCUCAGUAUCUCCAUUGGAUCGUUUUCGCCUGUCAAUUACACCAACGAUGGCAUUGCGAUCGGUGCACUGCACGCUGUCAAACGGGACAUCGUGGUGGCAUGUAGCGCCGGGAACAACGGCCCCGGCCCCGGCACCUUAUCCAACGUCGCGCCCUGGAUCAUCACUGUGGGCGCAAGCAGCAUCGAUCGCGCCUUCCCCUCACCUGUUGUAUUGGGUAAUGGCGUCGGAAUCCAGGGCCAAUCAGUAGCUCCAUACAAGCUGGAGGAUAAAAUGUACCCACUGGUCUACGCCGGAGAUGCAGUAGUCCCUGGUGUACCUAAGAACAUCGUCGGGCAAUGUCUCCCUGAUUCCCUGUCGUCUGAGAAGGUUAAAGGGAAGAUUGUGUUGUGCCUGAGAGGAAACGGGACGAGAGUCGGGAAGGGCUUAGAGGUGAAAAGAGCUGGAGGUGCUGCAAUCAUUCUGGGCAACAGUGGAUUGAAUGGAAAUGAACUAACCAUGGACAGUUAUCUUCUUCCAGGAACAGCAGUAGGAUUUGACGAUGCAAAAAGGAUUCUUGAUUACAUAAAUUCCACCAAGAAACCAAUGGCCAAAAUAGUUCCAGGGAAGAGUGUUUUGAAUGCUAAACCUGCUCCAUACAUGGCUGGAUUUUCUUCAACCGGUCCAAAUGUUAUUGAACCCAAUAUUAUCAAGCCGGACAUUACCGCGCCGGGAGUAAACAUCCUGGCGACAUGGAGCGAGAAAUCAUCCCCUACAAAGCUGCUGGCAGAUCACCGGAGCGUCAAAUACAAUUUUGAUUCGGGAACUUCCAUGUCAUGCCCUCAUGUGGCAGCCACAGCAGCCCUUCUCAAAGCCAUCCACCCAAGUUGGAGCAGUGCUGCCAUAAGAUCAGCCAUCAUGACCACAGCAACAACAAGAAACAAUAUGGGUAAGCCAUUAACUAAUGCAGCUGGAACCAGCGCUAACCCUUUCAACUAUGGAUCAGGCCACCUUGACCCAACAAAGGCAGCAGAUCCUGGUCUUGUCUACGAUGCCUCGUACACCGACUAUCUCCUCUUCCUAUGUGGUAGCAGUGGACUAAAGGGCCUCGACCCUGCAUUCAAGUGUCCAAAGGUCUCACCUUCAGCGAGCAACCUCAAUUAUCCAUCCCUGGCAAUCUCCAAGCUGAAUGGCACCAUGACAGUGAACAGGACUGUAACCAACGUUGGUGGUGGCAAGAGCGUGUACUUUGCGAGUAUUAUACCACCCUUGGGAGUUUCCGUGAAGAUUUAUCCCAGAGUUCUAAGCUUUAGCAGAGUUGGCGAGAAGAAGAGCUUCACAAUCACUGUCAAGGCAAAAGAUAGCCAAGUACACAUAAGAGAUGAAUAUGUUUUCGGUUGGUACAUAUGGAGUGAUGGGAUCCAUCAUGUCAGAAGCCCCAUGGCAAUAUCUCUAGCAUAAUUUCCUUUCUUCCAUUUUUUUUCAUCUUUGAAUUGUUUCCAUAUAAGUUAUAGAUUGAUGGUUGACAGAUUACAGAAGAAAGGAGGAUUAUUAAGGGGGGAUUGAUGGAAUUGAAGAAGGAUGAGAUUAGAUGAUAAAUAAUGUAAUUUGGGCUUGGCAAAGCUUAAUGAUUGUUCAGAAAAAGAGAAGAAAAAAAUUAUUUUAGACCAGAAAAUGGUUUGAAAUCCAACAUAUUGAAAUUUGAAAUCUCAACUA